AUGAAGUCAAUUUUUUCAUCCUCGCGAAGUAUGCUCCUCGUCGCAUUGGCAUUCUUUUUCUCCCACGUUGCACUUUUCCAGCAAGGAAUAUUUGCGGAAGCGGCUACUCUCGGGGCGGAAGGGUUCACCGUACCGAAUCUGUCGUGCUUUACGUUGGUGAACAAAGAUGACAUGACGGCAGCUGAAAGCGAUCUCUCCGGGAUCGCGUACGAUCCGGAAACCGGUCACUUUUUUGCUGUCAACAACGGUGACGCGAAAGUGUACGAACUCGACAGCACUUAUACGAAAAUUCAAGAGUGGGCGCUCACAACUCUCGGCACGGGCAUCGAAGAUCCAGAGGGCAUUGCGGCCAUGGGAUCGCGUAAAUUCGCUAUUACGGAUGAAAAUCCUGCUCUUGUGAGAACUAUGACCUUAAAUGCCGAUGGAACGAUCUCGAACAUUGUGGUGGCUUCAGACGGUUUGACGACGGCGGCGAGCAACAACAAAGGAUUCGAAGGGGUGGCGUACUUGAAGAACUCGGAGACAUUUAUUGUCGCGCAAGAGCAAACUCCCGUUGCUAUUCAUAGCGUCAACGUUGCAACAAAAGCAGUGACAACGUUAACGAACACUUUGAGAGAUGAUUACGGAUGGCAGUCCCUGGGCGCUGUGACGAAAUCUGGCGACGCCACAGACGAAAUUUUCGUCGUCGUCAAGGCGCCGGUGGAGCACAGAGGUAUUCAUAGAAUGACGAUAACCGGCGCAACCGCUACAAAGAAUGAGAAGUAUGCCGGUCACAUCUGCGACAUGUCUCAACCAGAAGGUUUGACCUUCUACAAAGGAACCGACGGCGAUGUUUAUAUGCUUGUAGUUGGCGAAAAAGUAGAGGCGAGGCUCUUCAAAGCAGACUCGACUUGCACCGCCGCCGCGGGGGCUACGGUUGUCACGGGCACAGACUUGACGUGUCCCGCUGUUGAUAAUUCUGUCCCGUUAUGCGAAUUAACUAUGGAAGAUAGAGCUAAGGGUGUUGAAUGCUUGAACACGAGAUGCGAUACGGGUGUGGAUGAUAACGAAAAAGUCUGCGUGUUUACUUCUGACGCGGCGACGAGCUCAUCUUGUUCGCGCGACGAGUGCCACGCGAAGUGCACUUCCAGCGCAUUUUCAGCUGGCACCCCCUUGGCUGGUUCGACUUGCACUCAUUAUGCAUGGGAUACCAUCGAAGCGGAGUGUUACCUCUUCACGGAAUGCACCGUCCAAAAUUGGGACAACGAAUACACGCAGUAUACCAUGAAAGACUUGACGUGUGAACGACCGUUAUCCACCGAUUUUCCAAACGGAUGCAAUGACCGAACGUGCUCAACCGCUGACAACGUUAACGCUGCUGCUCCCGCAGCUGUCGCCGAUGCGGCAACUUGUGAGACUCAAUGCAAAAAUUACGUCGGUGCUUUUACUUGCAAGUACUACACCUACAACCCCACGUCGCAAGCGUGUCACUUCUUCUCUACGUGUUCUGGCGAGGCAGACAGUACGGGAUCCAAUCUUUACACGCUCGUAGAUCCGACGUGUGAGCGUGACUACAACGCAAAUGGCAUGACCGGGUGCCCGAAUCGCAUAUGCGAUGAUUCAGUAACCACUUCCGCAGUUGUUUGUGAUCAAGGUGCGGGAACAACCUGUACUCUCGAUGAGUGCGCUAAGAAAUGCGCAUCGUACGAUGGUUUUGGAAACGCAGUUCAAUCGCAAAACUGGUGCACCUACUUUGCGUACGAUACAGUUGACUCCGAAUGCACGCUUUUCAAGGGUUGCGUUGGCGAAAAAUUCGACGAUGAUCACACGCUUUAUAAGCAAUCGUAUCCGCAGCGCUCAAUUCUUCGCGAUCUCGCAAGUGGAUGCACUAAGUCUUUAGCACUCGGUGGCUGCCCAGACGCUCGAUGCGACAAAGACUCAAAUCCAUUUAAUAAAGUUUGCGAUAAAGAUAACGGGAACAAUGGAGGAAUCGGCGGCGCUGAUGCCGGUGGACUUUGCUCUCAAGCGCAGUGUGAAGCUUAUUGCGUAGCAGGCGAAUCAGAUGGAGGAGGUUACAUCGCCAGCGCGUGCACCCACUGGGCCUACGAACCGGAAUCCUCCGUCGAGGGCAGAGGUGAAUGUUACGUCUUUUCGGGGUGCAACAAUCUUCUUCCAGAUACGUACACAACCUACGCGAUGGCUACUGGAUGCGAUCUCGGAUACGCUGCAGGAGGUUGUGAGAACCAAAGAUGUGCAAAGGCAACAGAUGCCAGUGGAGCCGAUUUGUAUAGAAAAAUAUGCGAUUCAGACGUCACCGGCGCAGGCGGUGCCUGCACUUCCGUGGAGUGUGAAGCACAGUGUCGCGCCUUGACUGAGAUCACAUCGUCGCAUUGGGCUUUCGAACUCGCUGAGCAAGAGUGUUACUGCUUUGAAGGUUGCGAAAGUCCGGGUGAGGAUACAUAUAAUGUGUACAAGUUGGAUGACAUAUGCAACAAGAACUACGCUAAAGGCGGCUGUCCGCUCACGAGGUGCGCCAAGUCUCCGACGAACCAACACGACAAGGUUUGUGAUGCCGAUGUCACCGGUGACGGUGGCAAAUGCACGGAAAUGCAGUGCAUGCAAAAAUGCGCGGAGUACACAGGAUUCGUGUGCACGCACUGGGCUUUUGAAGAGGCCGAAGGUGAAUGUUACGUUUUUGACGGAUGCGAAGCCGCGCACUCCGAUACGUAUAACACGUAUCUUUACGACCCGCAAUGCCAAAUUACAAAGGCGAACGGCGGCUGUGCUGACGUGAGAUGCGAGAAGGACUCUAAUCCAUACGUCAAAUCGUGUGACAAAGAUAACGUCGGGAUUGGACCCAAAGGAGAAAUGGGUCUUUGCUCCUUAUCUCGCUGCGAGCGAUUCUGCACGGACAACCGCAUCCCGGGCGGAGCUGAAGUUAGCGCGCAACUGGGAGCGCACUGCACACACUUCGCUUGGGAACCAGAAUCAGCCGACUUGGGCGAGUGCUACAUCUUCAGCGGUUGCAAAGACAUGUCGUCAGAUACUUACGUGACGUACUUGUACGAAUCGUUGGAGGUGGCGGUCGCUACAACCGCCUCGCCCGGGUCGACGACGACGCCGAUGACGAAAGUUCUCGUCAUCGCCUUGACGGCCUUAUUCAUGGCCUUAUUUUAA